UCCUCCGCACUUUCGGCUAUUGGAGUUGGGGAUCCCGUCCUCAUUGGCUGCCCACAUCGUAACUGCACCUUACCGGAUAGAGUAGGACGAUAGCAUGCCAUCUCUGGGCGACUGGAACAUUCCUGGCCAUGGAAACGCUGGAGGUGAGUAUAUAUAGGGCCUUGUGGCAGCGAGGUUGUCGGGUUUGUUGUGGUUUGUCCCUCUCAACCAACCAUUCAACCUUACCUUUCCAAUUCUGAUAUAACCAUUUGCUUACAUCUCUUUUCCUCGUCUCGUCUGUAUACCUUUCGAUCUCUUGACAGUCGGUUCAGUUCACAUCCGCAAUCAUGUCGACCGAUGAAAAGAGACUGAGCUUCGAUGACCUGGCCAAAGCCGGCGACCAUAUCGAGUCCGUUGACAAGGCUCUCGCCGUCGACGCUACCGUGGCAGCUGAUGUCGACAACAUCCCAAUCAGCUUAUUCGUCUGGCUAGUAGCAUUGUCCGCUUCGAUAGCGGGUAUGCUAUUUGGUUACGACACUGGUAUCAUCUCCGCUGUGCUGGUUUACAUCAAGGAUGCCCUCGGUGGUCGUCACCUUACAAACUCCGAAAAGGAACUCAUUACGUCGCUAUGUUCUGGGGGUGCGUUUUUCGGUGCGAUCUUUGCGGGAAAUACCGCAGACAGGUUUGGCCGCAAACCUGCAAUUUACCUGGGCUGCGUCCUCUUUGUUAUAGGUGCCGUCUUGCAGGCCGCUGCGUACUCCCUUGCCCAGAUGUGCGUCGGCCGUGUCAUUGUUGGAUUUGGCGUCGGAUCUGCUGCAAUGAUUGUCCCACUUUAUGUCGCGGAAAUCGCGCCGUCAAAGGCCCGUGGACGGUUGAUCGGUCUGAACAAUGUGUCCAUUACUGGAGGCCAGGUCAUCGCUUAUGCCAUCGGCGCUGCCUUUGCCAGCGUCCCUCACGGAUGGAGGUACAUGGUUGGCCUCGGUGGUCUGCCUCCCAUCAUCAUGGCCUGCUUGAUGCCCUUCUGCCCCGAAUCUCCUCGCCAUCUUGUAUAUAAUGGCCGGAUUGACGAAGCUCGUUCGGUUCUCCGCAAGAUCUAUCGUGGUGCCAGUGACGUUCAAAUCGAGGCGGUUCUCGCCUCUAUCCAGGCCGGAUGCGAGGAAGCGCGUGCUAUCAGCGGCGAUGAGGGUGGAUGGGCAAAGAUUGUAAAAUUGCACACAGUCCCCAGCAACUUCCGAGCCCUUCUCUGCGCCUGUGGCCUCAUGGUUAUUUCCCAAAUCUCUGGUUUCAACACGCUGAUGUAUUACUCUUCCACUGUGUUCGCCCUGGUGGGUUUCGAUAGCCCGACAGCCGUUGGUCUUGUGGUUGCUGGAACCAACUUCAUCAUGACCUUUGUCAACAUGAUGCUGGUCGAUCGCAUUGGCCGCCGACGAUUGCUCCUGUCCACUGUGUGGGGUAUGUCAACUGGUCUGAUAGCCGUUGCAAUCGCCUGCCGCUACAUCCAUGUGGAUAUUAAUGCAACAGAGGUGGAGUCUGGCCCGGUGAGCGGCGCAGCAAUAGCUGUGCUGGUGUUCAUCAUCUGGUUCGUCAUCUUCUACGGCGUGUCCGUGGGCAACACGGCAUGGAUGAGCGCCGACUUUUUCCCUCUUGAGGUGCGAGCAAUGGGAACCAUGUGGAUGACCUGUUCCGCAUGGGCAAGCAACGUCAUUAUUUCCAGUACGUUCUUGUCCAUGAUACACGGCAUGACCAUGUCCGGUGCGUUUGGCUUCUACGCCGGGAUUUGUGGCGUCAGCUAUUUCUUGAUCUACUUCUUCUACCCAGAAGUUUCGGGGCUCGUCCUCGAGGAGAUCAAAGAAGUGUUUGAGCAUGGCUUUGGCGUUAGUUAUGCCAGAAACCUCCGCAAAGAACGCAAACGAGCCAUUCAGGAGAGAGCCACGGCCUAG